GCCGGCCCGGCCCCGGCCCCGCCCCCUGCCUCUGGCCGCGCGGAUCAGCUUCCAGCCCAGUCGGCCCGGCCCGGGGGCCAUGGAGCUCCGAGCGGCGGAUCGCGAGCCUCCUGCGAACCCCAGCCUGCACGCCCGGUUAGCACUCGGCCGGGAGAUGCGGCAGUGGAAUCUGGAAGGGCGGUGAAAAACCCACGUCCUGCCCUCCCCCGGCCUCUCCAUUCGUCCCCCGGGUAGAGAGGUGCCCGGCUCCCACCCCUUCCCAGCCCCAGCCCUGGAGACAGCAGCCCCUAGACUACUGAGGGACAGCGACAGCAUGAAGGCUCCGGGUCGGCUCGUGCUCAUCAUCCUGUGCUCCGUGGUCUUCUCUGCCGUCUACAUCCUCCUGUGCUGCUGGGCCGGCCUGCCCCUCUGCCUGGCCACCUGCCUGGGCCACCACUUCCCCACAGGCUCCAGGCCCACCGUGCCGGGACCCCUGCACUUCAGUGGAUAUAGCAGUGUGCCAGAUGGGAAGCCGCUGGUCCGCGAGCCGUGCCGCAGCUGUGCCGUGGUGUCCAGCUCUGGCCAAAUGCUGGGCUCAGGCCUGGGUGCUGAGAUCGACGGUGCCGAGUGCGUGUUCCGCAUGAACCAGGCACCCACCGUGGGCUUUGAGGCAGACGUGGGCCAGCGCAGCACCCUGCGUGUCAUCUCACACACAAGCGUGCCACUGCUGCUGCGCAACUAUUCACACUACUUCCAGAAGGCCCGAGACACGCUCUACGUGGUGUGGGGCCAGGGCAGGCACAUGGACCGGGUGCUCGGCGGCCGCACCUACCGCACGCUGCUGCAGCUCACCAGGAUGUACCCCGGCCUGCAGGUGUACACCUUCACGGAGCGCAUGAUGGCCUACUGCGACCAGAUCUUCCAGGACGAGACGGGCAAGAACCGGAGGCAGUCGGGCUCCUUCCUCAGCACCGGCUGGUUCACCAUGAUCCUCGCGCUGGAGCUGUGUGAGGAGAUCGUGGUCUAUGGGAUGGUCAGCGACAGCUACUGCAGGGAGAAGAGCCACCCCUCAGUGCCUUACCACUACUUUGAGAAGGGCCGGCUAGAUGAGUGUCAGAUGUACCUGGCACACGAGCAGGCGCCCCGAAGUGCCCACCGCUUCAUCACUGAGAAGGCAGUCUUCUCCCGCUGGGCCAAGAAGAGGCCCAUCGUGUUCGCCCAUCCGUCCUGGAGGACUGAGUAGCUUCCGUCGCCCUGCCAGCCGCCAUGCCAUUGCGAGGCCUCCGGGAUGUCCCAUCCCAAGCCAUCACACUCCACAAAAACAUUUAAUUUAUGGAUCCUGCCUCCUGCCACGUGCUGGGUGGACCUAAGGUUCCUUCCCGCCCCAUUCUGGCGACACUUGGAGCCAUCUCAGGCCUCAUGACUUGAAGGGGAGUGGAGGGGGGAGCCGUGUCUCCCCCCUCCACUCCCUGAGUAAUUCAUGGCAUUUGGGGGCUCACCCCACCUCCAGGUCUGUCAAGUGGCCUUUGUCCCUGGGGCUGAUGGCCCCCAACUCACCAGCAUCAUGACCUUGUGCCAGUCCUGGUCCUCCCUCCCCAGCCGCCCCUACCACCUUUUGGUGCCACACUUCUCAGGCUGGCUGCCCUGGUUGGGGCAGCCAAGAGCCUGGGGUUCAUUGGUGAAGGGGCCUUGGAGUUGUGACUGCCGGGGCCGUAUCAGGAACGUACGGGUAAACGUGUGUUUUCUGGAUGCUGUCUCUAGCGUGGUCAUGUGUCUGAUGUGUUUAGGGGUGGAGAUGAGGGUUUCUUUCCCUGUCACAGUCCCAGAAGCUUUUUUUUUUUUUUGAGACGGAGUUUUGCUCUUAUUGCCCAGGCUGGGAGUGCAGUGGUGCCAUCUCGGCUCACUGCAACCUCCGCCUCCCGGGUUCAAGCAAUUGUCCUGCCUCGGCUUCCCAAGUAGCUGGUAUUACAGGCGCGUGCCACCACGCCCAGCUAAUUUUUUGUAUUUUUAGUAGAGACGGGGUUUCAUCAUAUUGGCCAGGCUGCUCUCGAACUCCUGACCUCAGGCGAUCCACCCGCCUCGGCCUCCCAAAGUGCUGGGAUUACAGCCGUGAUCCACCGCGCCCGGCUGUCCCAGAAGCUGUUGACUGGAAUCCCUGAGGCCCCUACCUGGGCCCACAUUGGCUGGGCUUCAAUUUCUUCCCCAACAACCUCCUGCUGGUGGCCCCAGCCCAGCCCCUUCCCCAGCAGGUCAGGGCUCCUCUGGGGGGCUGGUCCCUUCACUGCUCUGGCCCAGGAAACUGACCCCAAGUCGGAGGCUUCUUUGGGAACCCCGUUCUGUACCCAGUGAGAGGAGAGCCAGGGCCAGGAGGAAGCGACGACUCUGAGUGGGAGGGAAAUUCCUCCACCCAUAUUGCUUCCCUGGUCCUGGGUCAAAUGGCAAGUUAAAUUAGCCAUUAAAUCUGGGGUUGGGCCUGGCACAGUGGGGGCUAAGGCGGGAGUGUUGCUUGAGACCAGGAAUUUGAGACCAGUCUGAGCAACGUGACAAAACCAGUCUCUACAAAAAAAAAAAAAAAAAAAAAGUGGGCCAGGCGCGGUGGCUCACUCCUGUAAUCCCAGCACUUUGGGAGGCCGAGGUGGGCAGAUCACUUGGGGUCAGAAGUUCGACACCAGUGUGGCCAACAUGGUGAAAUCCCGUCUCUACUAAAAAUACAAAAAAAUUAGUAGGAUGUGGCGGUGGGUGCCUGUAGUCCCAGCUACUCGGUAGGCUGAGGCAGGAGAAUUGCUUGAACCUGGGAGGCGGAGGUUGCUGUGAGCUGAGAUCAUGCCACUGCACUCCAGCCUGGGCGACAGAGUGAGACUCCAUCUCAAAAAAAAAAAAAGAAAGAAAGUGGGUUUGGUUUCCCUGCAAAACAGGAAGGCAGAGGGCAGCCCUGGGUGGCUGCUGUGAGGGAGUCUAGUCUGGCUCAGGCCUUACUUUCGUCAUCUGUAAAGUGAGAAAAAAAGUCCCACCAGCGGAACCUUGCCAUCCUCAGAGGAGGACUGGUGCUAGCCGGUUUUACAGAUGAGCUGAGGCCACUCAGCUGAAGCCAGACAACUGUGGAGCGGCUGGGCCAGUGUGCAAUACCAGGUCUGAGAGCUGAGCCCAAGGACCUCAGCCCUGCAUCCCUGGGCUGGAGAGAGCCCACAAGCAUCACCCCUUCCAGGCAUCACUACUUCAUCUGGGGACGGGAAGACUCAGAGGACUGGGCCAGGGCCUUGGGCUGUCAGCUGGGAUGCAGCCCUGGGGUUCUAGCUGCCAGCUCCAGGGAUCAGGGCCCUAUGCUAAUGCUCUGCUGUUGCCAACUUUAAAUUCUUAGGUUUUCUUGUU